CCCGGCCUAACUGGGUUGUGAGGGGGGUUGUGGGCUCAAAUUGAGAGAGCGCUUUAGCUGCUCGUGCCACAAGAGGAGAUUGCAAAGAUGCGUUAGCGAAAAAGCUGCAACAUAUUUCAAUGUCGUUAUUAUUUCCCUUCUAUUUUUUUCACUAAUGUUAACUUUGUAUCGUAUCGAAUAAUGACAUGGACUUUGCGUGAUGAGGAAGGCAUUUAAUAUCGGAUGUCAACAGCAUUUUACCCACCGGUUAAACACCGCGGAAGGGAUGCACUUGCUGCCACUUUUUGACGAAUGUCAAUUUAGCAUUGCUUAUUUGUUGGAAAACUGUAUUUCAUUGUGAUACGGCGUUUAGUUGCAUGCAAUAGCAUUUAUAUAAUCGUUGUCAGUAUUUGUUUGUAGGCUUAAUGAUUUGGACCGCCUGACAAACAUCAACGUCAUUGAUGUAGGACAAGAGGACUGAUGCAUCGGUGCAUUGUUUGAUCCAUUCUUGAAAACAGUGUUCCGUCUGGACAAGAUCUGGGGAUGAGUAGAUAGGCUAUUAGACAACCAUUCCCGGGUUUAUGUAGGUCGGCUCGGUCUUCACUUAACAUUGAAUAAUUAGGCUAUAGCGCAGACUACUAGUAAAGCCUCAACCAUGUAUGCUGGACGGAAAAGAAGAAAACCGGUGCAAAGAGGCAUCGAAGUGAAAGACCAAAAAGAGAAAAAGACAGCUCCAUCUGAAGGGACCAAGUCUAACCCAUCAAAGCGCCACCGGGACCGUCUGAACUCUGAGUUGGAUCGUCUGGCCUGUCUACUGCCCUUCCCAGAAGAGGUCACCUCCAGCUUGGAUAAACUCUCUAUUUUACGGCUCAGUGUGAGCUACCUGAGGACUAAGAACUUCUUCUCAGUUGCCCUGAAGACCCACGCUUGCAAGGGGUUGAAGGCCAAUGGUGGUAACCAUGACAACAGCAAGACAGCGGGAUUGGUGGAUGGCUGGAUGCCCGAGGGUGAACUCCUAUUGCAGGCCCUUAAUGGUUUUGUCCUGGUCAUCACUGCAGAGGGGGUCAUAUUCUACUCCUCUCACACCAUUCAGGAUUACCUGGGAUUCCACCAAACGGAUGUGAUGCACCAGAGUGUGUUUGAUCUGAUCCACACUGAGGACCAGCAGGAGUUUAGGAGGAACCUACACUGGGCUCUCAACCCUCCGGCCGUGUCCCAGCAGGUGGAGUCACCCCCAGAUGGAAAGCCAGUCCCCAGCUCAUCCCUGGUGACCUAUAACCCCGACCAGCUGCCUCCAGAGAACUCCUCCUUCCUGGAGAGGAGCUUCGUCUGCCGCUUCCGCUGUCUCCUCGACAACUCCUCUGGCUUCCUGAACUCUGAGCAUUCUACUUUCCAGGGCUACCUCCCCCAUUCAGACCCCUACCUCCCACUACCUCUGCCCCCCCCCCACCCCAUCCCCCCUCUCCUCAGAAGCCCAGUAGUCCUCUCCAUCUCACCAGUACAGAGCGUGACCAUGCAGAGUAGCGGGAGGCUGGAGGCAGGGGAUGGGAGGAGAGGGGAAGAGGAGAGUAAGAUCGGGGUACUUCCCAACUCUGUGGAGGUCAUUUGCGCCCCCUCAGCCUUGUACAAGCUGCGUCCCAAAUGA